GAUCCACUCACAGAAUGUUCUUUCGGUUUCCAGUCAAGGCUGCUGCAGCUGUGGCGGGAGGAGCCCUGGCCGUGGGGGCUGUGCCCGUGGUGCUGGGCGCCGUGGGCUUCACCGGGGCAGGAAUCGCAGCCUCCUCCUUAGCGGCCAAGAUGAUGUCAGCGGCCGCCGUGGCCAAUGGGGGCGGAGUUGCCGCCGGCAGCCUCGUGGCCACUCUUCAGUCCGGGGGUAAGUGUCCCCGAUGGGGCUUGCUGUGGAGGGUGAGGGAGGACAAGAGCCUCAGAGCAUCCAGCCCUGACCUUAGCCCUGGUGAGCCCCAGUCUGCCUGUGCCUUUGUCUCACCCUCCGUGGUCACUCUCUCUCUGGGUCUCUGAAGCAGGUGCGUUGCCGGGGGAAGGUGCUCUGGCCUAGGGUGUGCUCGGCUCAGGCUGACUCUGCCCAAGGCGGACUUGCUGAGUUAGCUGGGGCGUCUCUGUCCCACCUGGGGUUCAGCCUUCUUUCCCAGAGAGUGAGGCAGCUCCCAGCUCUCGGUUUCACCACCGGAGUUCAUGCCUUUGGGUACCUGCUUGCAGCAGCCUUUCCCAAACAGAGAUCCUUGGGGGCUGGGGAAACAGAGAAGGGUUCUGGGUGGGAUCUCUGGGCCUGAGGCCCUCCUGACAGGCCCUGGAGUCUCAGACCCUAUGGUUCUGCUCCACAAGCUGCCCCAGCCUGCCCGUCCCAUUCUACUCACCCUCUGCUUCUCCGCCAGGAUCAGGGGGACUCUCCCUGUCAUCCAAACUCCUCCUGGGAUCUGCUGGGUUUGCCCUUGUGUCCCUCGUGGUGGGCUUGUGACAGCU